CCCCUUGGCCGCGGGAAGCCCUGGUUCUCCAGGAGGGCCCCCAGGCUCCCCGGUGAAUUUAGCCUGAAACCUGGUCCUAGUUUUUUUUUUUCUUUCUUUCUUUUUUUUCCUUUCCUUUCCUCCCCGUCACGUGAAGCGGCAGCCGGAGACUGGCACUUCCUUGGGACACGUGACCCGGCAGUGCGGUGUCUCUCGGUCCCCUCCUCCUAAAGCUGCUGCCUCUGCGACCGCUUCUCCUCCGGCCGCCAAGCUAGCUCUCCACCCCCUCCCCUCAGUCCCCUAGAGGAGCGCGCCUCGUCUCACCGCGGGGAGCCGGGGCUGGAACGGCGCGCGCGGCUGCUGGUCCCCAGCGGAGAUGUCGGCUUAUUUAUAGGAGUUGCUUGGAACAAGAGUCAUGGUGGAUGUAGGAAAGUGGCCCAUAUUUACCCUGCUCUCACCUCAGGAGAUUGCUUCUAUUCGGAAAGCAUGUGUCUUUGGGACAUCAGCUAAUGAAGCCAUCUACGUUACUCAUAAUGAUGAGGUGUUUGUAUUUGGACUCAACUGUAGUAACUGUCUGGGGACCGGGGAUAAUCAGAGCACCAUUGUACCCAAAAAGCUAGAGGCAUUGUGUGGAAAGAAGAUUAAGAGCCUUAGUUAUGGAAGCGGGCCACAUGUGCUUCUUAGCACUGAAGAUGGAGUGGUUUAUGCCUGGGGUCACAAUGGGUAUAGCCAGCUUGGGAAUGGGACAACCAAUCAAGGCAUCGCUCCAAUCCAAGUUUGUACCAACCUCUUGAUCAAGCAAGUGAUUGAAGUUGCUUGUGGUUCUCAUCAUUCUAUGGCUCUAGCGGCUGAUGGAGAGGUUUAUGCUUGGGGUUAUAAUAAUUGCGGUCAAGUGGGGUCUGGAUCUACAGCAAAUCAACCAACUCCUAGGAAGGUCACAAAUUGUUUACACAUAAAGAGGGUUGUCAGCAUAGCAUGUGGCCAGACCUCUUCUAUGGCUGUAUUGGACAAUGGUGAGGUGUAUGGCUGGGGUUACAACGGCAACGGUCAGCUGGGCCUCGGAAACAACGGCAAUCAGCUGACCCCUUGUAGGGUGGCGGCUUUACACAGCGUGUGUGUUCUCCAGAUUGUCUGCGGCUAUGCGCACACACUAGCACUAACAGAUGAGGGCUUGCUGUAUGCCUGGGGAGCUAACACUUAUGGGCAGCUAGGAACUGGCAAUAAAAGUAACCUGCUAAGCCCAGCGCAGAUCAUGGUGGAAAAAGAAAGGGUGGUAGAGAUCGCGGCCUGUCAUUCUGCCCACACCUCUGCUGCCAAGACCCAGGGUGGCCAUGUGUAUAUGUGGGGCCAGUGUCGAGGCCAGUCAGUGAUUCUUCCUCACCUCACCCACUUCUCCUGCACAGAUGAUGUGUUUGCCUGCUUUGCCACUCCUGCUGUGACAUGGCGCCUUCUCUCUGUAGAGCAUGAAGACUUUCUAACAGUUUCAGAGUCAUUGAAGAAAGAGUUUGAUAGUCCAGAUACUGCAGAUCUGAAGUUUCGAGUGGAUGGAAAAUACAUUUAUGUCCACAAAGCUGUUUUAAAAAUCCGGUGUGAACAUUUUCGAACCAUGUUCCAGUCUUACUGGAAUGAGGACAUGAAAGAGGUGAUAGAAAUAGACCAGUUUUCUUACUCAGUGUAUCGUGCCUUUCUCCAGUACCUUUACACGGACACAGUUGACUUGCCACCUGAAGAUGCUAUAGGUCUUUUGGAUUUGGCUACAUCUUACUGUGAAAAUAGAUUGAAAAAACUUUGUCAGCACAUCAUCAAGCGAGGGAUUACUGUGGAGAAUGCCUUUUCGUUGCUCUCUGCCGCAGUCAGAUACGAUGCAGAGGAUUUAGAAGAAUUCUGCUUUAAGUUUUGCGUCAAUCAUUUGACAGAAGUUACACAGACUGCAGCAUUUUGGCAAAUGGAUGGCCCUCUACUAAAGGAAUUCAUUGCUAAGGCCAGUAAAUGUGGAGCCUUUAAGAACUGAAGCAUAUGGCUGUGAGUUGUAUGUAUGAGGGGUGUGCGUGUGUGCGUGCGCGUGUGCAUGCAUGUGUGUGUGCGCGCGAGUGCUUGUGCUCGAGUGUGUGUUCUCUAGGGCAUUAUUGCUGAUGUGCCCAGUGUGUGCCCUACAGGCUGAUGUAAUUCUGCAGGUAAAACAAAACAAAACAAAAAAAAAAAACCACAACCAAACAAACUGUAUUUUACUCCAGAGAGAAGUCUCUGCAUAGAAACUCAUGAAGAAUGUACUGUUUUCUCUCUACCCUUUCGACCAACUCCUGUUGCCAGACUUGCACAGUUUUAAAGGGUGACUUUUUCUCACAUUUUGAUUGGAACAUUGGGAAGGGACAAAAGCUAGCUGUUGCUUCAGUUCCAAAGAGAACCCAUGCCUGAAGAGUGGAAGUUUAGAGCUAGGAAGCCACUGGUUUGGUUUACAGAGCACUAACCCUUGGGCGCCAGGCUUGGAAAUGUUUCACAAAAUGUUAGAAUUUUUCAUGAAUAGGGGACCUCUGGAUUUCUUUAACUCCUGUGGGUUAACAGGUAACAUAACAUAUCUUUUGUUGAGGUGCUGCAUGAGUUGUGAGUCCGGUGGGAUUACUAUGAAGGAACAAUUUGGGUUGCUCAGGCUUUCGUGUCUGUGCCAUCAUACUUUUGUUUUCCCUGUCUAGUAUAUGGAAAAAAAACCGUGUUUUACAAGUGCUUAAAGGAAACUAUGCAGUCAGUACUCUACAGGACAUAUAUAAAAUGUAAACUUAUAAAGGUAUAUGACAAGGAUUUUAAAAGCUCUUAAGAUUUAAACACACAAAGCAUGGUAACUUUUGAACUAACCUUGAAAUGAUGAUGGAUGUGACUGCUUUUUGAAGGCAGGAGGUAUUAAUUAGUCUUAUUAUUAAAUCCUCUAUAAACUAGGGCUACCACCUUCUGCCCCCCUCCCUCGAGGGCCUUUGGAUUUUGGAUGACAUUUUUACCUUACUGAAGUGGUGCAUAUUUACAAUUAAUUGUUUUUAAUUUCUAAUGUAAAUAUGUGGACUUAUAAAGGAAAAUAAUUACAUCCUAUGUACUUUCAGAAAUCCUCUUGCUUUCCCAGCCAUCAGGUGUAAUGAUUAAUUUUCCUCCUCAGUUCAAUAAACACAUAGGUAGGUGCAUGACCUAAGGCAUGGGGCCCCCAGUUAAAGAACAAUAGGUCUCCUAGGAACACAAGUAUUCUGUACUGCAUCUUGGAAGGCUUAAUGUAAUUUUUCCUAGAUCUGUUAUUUGGUCCAAAUACUCUUGCCAUUUGUCAAAUUAAAUUCUGAACUCAGACACAUUCUGUGGAUUUCCCACCCAUUAUUGGCCCAUGUGCAAGAUUUUUUUUUUAAUGUAGCAUUUUAUUUAAGUAGGUGCUCUGUCAUUUCAGUUAUAAUUAUAAAAUAUUUGACUUUUAGAUAGUGUUAGAUAAGGAAGCUGCUGAAUGAAUAUGUCUAUAUAUGUAGAUUGUUCAUUGCCUUUAAAAAGGGAACUUUUUUUUUUUUACCUCCAACCCUCUACAGGGAUUUGUUUCCAAAGUUGUACCAAGCUCUCUUGCUCUGUUGUUAAGUUGGAGGGUUUUUUAGGUAGGAGGGGAGAGGUGAGGCAAAUUUUUCCAAGUCUUUUUAGUGGAGCCCCAGAAUUUUGGAGGUAGACAGAAAUUAGUCGUCAUUCGAACAGUAGUUUUGCAUGAGGCUGUAGCUGCUAUUUUUAGAAGCUGUUGGUUAAUUUUAAAAAUGAGGCCAAAAAGUUAGUAUUCAGUGGCAUGUUAAAAAAAAAUGCAAAAAGAGACACUCAGACCUCCCUUUCUUGACCAUGCAUAUGGGCUUUUGUUGCAAGCAACUAGAACCCAUGAAUUUCUAGGUAAGAAUCAAUUGUGCAGUAUGAUGGGAUUUUUCUUAAUAGAUUGGGAAAUACACACUAAUUUAUUGACCACCAGUACUGUAGUAGGCAGUGUAUGUAAUAAAUGCCACUACUCAGUGGAUUUACAAUCUGAAUAAAACAAAAAUUUGAGUACCUAUUACAGACAAUAGCUCUUCAAACAAAAUUGUUUAUCAUCUUCGAAUAAGACCUGGGGUUCUUGUACUAAAUCAGAAUGAGAAUUUUCAUUCUCAUCAUCCUGAUUUAGUACAUAUAAAUGGAUGAAAGUGAAACAAAAAGUGAAAAUUGCUGAGUGCCUCAUUAAGUCACUGAAUAAUUGUAGGGUGGGGUAGGGGAGAGUGUGGAGAGAUUAGGGCUCCUGAGUCCUUGGAGAGUCUUCCAAGUAUCUUUUCCCCCCUUUAAGUACUACCACAGUAAUGGUGUCCCUCCUCCUACUGCACUUUGUCAUUGAUCCCAGUAGGAAACAAAAACACUUUAAAGGAAUUGAUUUUUGCAACUAAUGUGAAAGUAGAAACCAAAGUGUUCACAUUUCUUAAAGCAGCCCUAAGUGUACCCUUGAACUUCUUAGUGAAGUGAUAUUUGAUACAGUAAGUAGUACGUAGGUGAUAUUGUAUUUAUGUAAUGUUUAGGAUGCCAUGUUAAUAAAGCAAUCUGUUAAAA